CCUUCGCUGUUCUAGUAAAUGCCGGCGGCGAUGAAUUUGCGAAUUUCACUGCCGUCUCGGAUUCUGGUCCCCCCAAUGGCAAAGUUUGUGACAAGGCUUCUACAUUGACGAAAGCAGAUGGCACUCAACAACGUGAUAUCGAAACCUGCAGCGAUACUGAACUCGGUGAAAUUCCCAUAGCUUCCAAAAUGCCCUCAACUAUUAUUCUAUUUCCUGAAAACGCCAGCACGCUUCCGGCCAACAAGUCAUUCACUGUUAAGCUCAAGAUUACUAAUUUACAUACCGGAUUCUUCGAUAAUGCCACCAGCCAGUAUUACCUGUUUUCUCAACAACUAGAUAACAACGGUUUUAUUUUGGGUCAUACCCAUAUCACCAUUCAGCUAUUGGACUCUAUUGACACUCCUCCGGAUGCUCAAUUCUUUGCUUUCUUCAAGGGAUUGAACCAGCCAGCUGAUAGCGAUGGAAUUUUGACACAAGACGUUGCCGACGGAUUACCGGCUGGAUUGUAUAGAGCUUGCACGAUGUCCUCGUCGUUUGCUCAUACACCUGUGAUUAUGCCUGUUGCUCAACGUGGUGCGCAGGAUGAUU